AGAAGACAAAGACACAACAGCAAAUUCAAAACUCGAAAACUCAAAGAUUUGGACUCUGGAACACCCUCACCACCCCCAACAAAAAUGGUGUUCAACAGCCUGGCAGUGUUAACAGUAGCCCACGUUUCAGCCGACGCAUGGCAAUCAGCUUCAUGCAUACCAACUCAGGAGCGACUCAGCAGCCAGCAGCUAUUAGAUCUUGUGUGUUGUUUGCCUUUACAGCAACUGGGUCGUUUUGCCCUUUGUCUUUGGACCUUUCUGUGCCUUCCUCCUCCUGACUCUUUCUACUCUUACUCCACUUACUAUGACUCUUCUGACUCUGACUAUUAUGUUGAUGAUCAUGGUGAUGGCGCUUCUUCAUCCUCCACCGUUGAUCUUGAUGACUACUACUAUCACCCCCAUUCUGAUUGAUCAUGAAGAUGGUUUCUUGGAUAGCCUUUUGGCUGUGUAACAGUGUUAGAGCUUAAUUGGAAGCCUUCAGGAGGAGAUGAUUGCUCAGCUAGUUUAGGCAUCUUGGCUAGUCAUUUUAAGGGUCAAUUCAAUGAGGGGAGGAAAGUUUCUUUGGCAGUAAGAUAACUUGGAGAACUCUGUUCUGAGUUAGCUUCCCUUCUAUGUUUCACGGUGUGUUUUGGGAGUAUUAUAUCCCUACAGCUGAGCCUCUGAUCUCUAGAAAUUUGAUUCUGGUAUGAUUAUAUCUGCAAAUCAUGACAAAUUUGCAAUUCAUACUAGAAAAAGUAUAUGUGAAUAUUACAUUUCAGGUUUUUUGCUUGGAUUACUUUGUUUGAAGUAGUUACAUCUAAAAUCAUGUAACAUUCGCCCCCCUUACACGUGUAAAGUACCUCUUGUCUUUAAUGAGAAUUA